AUUUCAGAUUGUGUCUGAAAGUGGGUAAUUCAGAUUUCGCACUAUCUGUAGAAAUGACAGCAAAAGCUGCUAGCAAGGUUGUUAAGCAGCUAGCGGGAAGUGGUACGGGCCAGAGUUUGAUGGACAGAGUCACACAAGCAAAGUACAGCUUGGCAGGUUCUGGUUUGGGUAAGGUUGUUGCAAAGGCGACUACCGAAGAAAUUGGGGCUCCAAAGAAAAAACAUAUUGACUAUCUGGUUAACUGCAGUAAUGAACCUAAUGUCUCGAUCCCUCUACUUGCUGGAUUACUCGUCGAACGCACUCAGGAAAAAUCGUGGGUUAUUGUGUUCAAGGCACUGAUAACUACUCACAAUCUUAUGAAUUUCGGUAACGAGAAAUUUUCACAUUAUCUUGCUUCAAACAAUUGUCCGGUCGACCUACCUAGUUUUAACGAUAAAACAAGUUCACAAUCUUAUGAAAUGUCUUUGUUUAUUCGCAAAUACUCGAAAUACUUGAGUGAGAAGAUCGCCUCGUACAGGGCUAUGGCUUUUGAUUUUUGCAAAGUAAAACGUGGACGUGAUGAUGGGGUCUUGAGGACGAUGCCGGUCGACAAGCUUCUGAAGGCUCUUCCAGUGAUGCAGUCACAGAUAUUAACGCUUCUAGAAUUUGAUGCUUUAGAAAAAGAUCUGAACAACGCAAUUAUCAAUGCCGCCUUUCUUCUGUUGUACAAGGAUCUAAUCCGACUGUUUGCAUCAUACAACGAGGGUAUGAUUAACUUGAUAGAGAAAUAUUUCACUCUUAAACGAAGACAGUGUCGUCUGGGAUUGGAUUUAUAUCAUGCGUUCCCUGGAUUGUUAUCCAAGCUGACAGAAUUCCUCGCACUUGCUGAGAGUUUAGGAAUCGGUGACAAGGAUAGUCUUGGGUUACAACCGGUUCCAGAAAAAGUCAUUCAAGCCAUGGAACAGCAUUUACAAAUCUUAGAGAGUAAAAAAGGAUCAGAUGAUGAAGACGAAUACAUCACAGAAACUCGUGUUUCAGCUAAACCAAAUAUGCCAAAGAAGCCGACUGUACCUGUACCCAUUCCGACUCAAAAGGUGACUCCAACUGAUACUAGUAAAUGUGUUAGUAAUAUUCAACAAUCACAACCAGACGAAACUGACAACUCUUCUGUUGCAUAUACAACUCAAGAAGAAGCUAAUGUUAUUGAAGAGACGAAGCAGUCAGAUGAUGUCAGUGAGCCAACGGUUACUCAUCCAUCUGUCGUGGUCAGUGAUGAAGAUGGAUUACCUACCGCUUUGCAAGAGGAAAUUAUUGCGGCUGCUAGAGGCCAUUUAACUGAAACAGUUGUCAAGAGUAAUGAGGCAGUUAAACGUUCAGCUCAACACGGUGCAGUUAAUGUUCCAGUGCAUACACAAUUGGGAAGAUCUGAACAUCGAACCGUAUCAGUCCCACCGACACGCUCCAGAUCACCUUCCCCUGCUCGUCCAUCACCAUCACCUAGUCAUAUUGGUAUUGUAUCUGAACAACCGCCUGUCAGUGUUAGCGAUAGUGAGAUGGAGGAUGAUAAAUGUAAUUUGAAUGCAAAUAUCGAUAAAACCAAGCACAAUUUAUCUCUUUCAGGACUUAAUCAAAAAGCUGCUGGACAAAGUGAUGCAUCUCCAAUAUGUGGUAGUCCAUUCGCUGGUGACGAAGAACCAGUUGCGCCAGCUGUAGAUACUACUGUAUGGUCUGACAAGUCAGGUCAUGUGGAACAAUCUCAUACCAAUCAACCUUCAGCUCUAGAUGAUUUACUUGGCCUUGAUCUAUUGUCAUCUGAUCCCCUACCACAGUCGAAUAUUGAACCUGUUCCUUUCACAGCUCAAGUUGUUAGCUCUGCAGGUACACAAGAAGCGAAGUCUUCAACUAAUAAUACUGCUUCUUCAGUUAUUGAUGAUUUGUUGUCGCUUGACCCACUUUUGGCAAAAGAUGAUACCAGUCCGGUAGUUGUUUCUCAAGCGCCUUCGGCUAAUCCCCCGGGAUCAUUUGUUAAUGCUUUACCAGCAGGUUUGAAACCUAUUCCAUCAACUGUUCCGAUUCGUCCUGCUGUUGUGGCUGCUUCACAGAAUAAGAAUCCGCUCGAUGCCUUGGACAGUACAUUAUCAAAUUUAGCAUCAAGCUUAGGCGGUCAACCGACCUGGGGUACUAGUAAUGUGAAGGUAAUUUUCCGCUUAUUUACUCACCUUUCUUCAAUCCUUCCUGUUAUAUAUUCAUGGAACUGAUCGCUUUGUCACUUUUCUUUUCCAGAAAAAGCCGUUAAGUGAAACAGGGAAACCUUUGGUAAGAUUUUAUCCCUUUCAGGUUGAAUAUUUUUUAAUCGUGUUACCAUCAGCAGAUUGCUUUCAAUCAUUUUGCCCAUUAUGGUUAUACAUUUCAAUAACUUGAUAGAUCCUUAUGUUCAGGCGAAUGAUAUGAAAAGGCUCCAGGUAUUCAGCCACUGUUACCUUCGUAGCAUACAUAGUUUGUGUGUCAUGAUGUGAUCACGUCAGCAACGUAGAAGUUAGACAUAGAGUUGUAGGGAGAAAGAAGUAAAUGUUGUGGUUGUGGGUCUUCAUUAACUCAUAUGGCUGGGACAUGUCUUAUGCUUGCUUAGUAACCGUUUGUUUUGUCCUGGGUCGUUGACUGAAGUAGGUUUCUUGGACUGGGAUAAGGUUAGGUGCGGUUAAAUCAAACUAGCUUGACCAGUAGUGUAAAAUGUAGACUUGUUGCUUGGAGGUCGGCGUGACAACCGUUAUCGCAAUAUGGCUCAAAACCGAUUUCUGUGGCACAUACAUCCACACAUUAUCUUCAUCCUAUUGGUCAUGACGAAUUUUAUUAUCUCUUUAUUCCUUCUGUCGUUUCAUGACAAAGUGGUAACUUUGUCUACCUUCAUAUUUCAGAUCAUCUUCCAACAUUUUGAUGAGUUUUUCGUCGAUAUCUUUUAUGUGCCUGUUUGAUUUUGUUCAUCUUUAUUUCCAUUAACUUCUCAUCUACUUUUAUGAUCAAUUGUAGUGGUGCAGUCCCAUUAUUCUGAAUGUCUUUGUAUUAUUUUAUCGUGUGGCGGAACCACUGUGUGAGCAGUGUUAAGGUCAGGCUAGGGGUAUUAGGAAAAUAGUCAAGUCGAUUGGUGAAGUUGUAGAUCUUCAUAGUGUGAGGUGGCUUAGGCAUGUGUCGCGCAUGCAAAGUCACCACCUACUAUGAUGUACCAUGCUGCGGAAGGCUGGAUUAGAAUGGAAGAGUAUUCAGGGUGGGCAUAUCAGGACAUGACACCGGUUGAUGAAGUCUGCGACUUUUGUUCGGAGCCGUACUGGAAAAUGUAGACUACCUGCCUGGAGUCCUUGAGAGUAAAGGGAAUCAGUGGUUGAGGACUUCUGGUGAAAUGGCUAGGACUCGGGCACAAUAGCGCAGAUGUAUUCACUCUAACAUCUAAGACCUGAUUAUUUGCACUAGCUUUUUAACUUCAAAUUGUUUAUUCUCUCUUUCACACAGCUUUGUAUACUUCAGUGUCACUCUUCUUCUUUCCAUUCGUUCUUUGUGAACAACUGCGAAGAGUGUGUGGCAAGUUGAGCUGAUGCACCUGUGUGCAAGGUUCUACGUUGAUUUUACCAGUCAGUCAUUUCAUCUUGUUUAUUAUUACUGUUACAGUUUGGAAAACUGAAUUCGCAUGCGUAAGUACUCACUUCCAAAAUCUAAUUACGUCACUACCUUAUUACACAUUGGUUUGCAUGUGUACGUAAAAUAACUGGACUUUUAUUUUUCAUCAGAUGUAAGUGGAACGUCCUAAUAUUGUACAAAGCCAGUACUUGUUUAGAAUUCUUCAUUUCACUACAUUUUUAAGCUGAAACAGUGUUUAAAUAGUUACUUAUCUAUAUUUAUGAAUAGAUAUUUUCCUUUCUGCUUGUUUUUUUAUCCAGUACUAAUCUAUCGCAGAUCACCCAGUCGGAGAGGCGCAGAAUAAUACAUGUGCUAAUAUUAUGUUAUGGAAACCUUAUCUAUCUACAUAUAACAUGGCAUUUUUGUCACCCUUCAUUAAUAUUGUUAUUAUCAAUGACACUGAUGUUUGCAGCCAUCAUGCUGAUUUCUACUAUAUUUUUUUCUUCCUUAGUUCCUUUUAUUAUGUCUUCAGAGCUCUAUUAAUUACUCGUAUAUAUAUAUAACCUGCGAAAAAACUUUCAAUUGGCAUUGUUCUUAAGAUGUGAAUCUGUCAUAAGACGACAAUGCUCGACUUUCGUGAUUCUCGAUGAUGUUUCUUUAAUUUGCUUUAUUUCAUUUAACCCUACGCAGCUCCAAAGUGAAAGAAACAAGCUUCCAUUCAAAAUGCAGUGUUUUUUUGUAUGCACUCGUGGGCUACUAAUGUUAGGCGAAGGUUGGAGGUGUAACUUAGUUAUUUUAAAUGAUUAUUUCCAACUAAAAUUUCGAUGUUUCAGAUAAGUGCCUGCGUAGUCUAUUGUGCAUUUUGAAUGUGUCCGCCAAGUUCUUCCAAUGUUUAUGAAUGAUUUAGUAGGAGAUUUGAUAAUGUUCUGUUGUUUAGAUGUAACAUUCAUUCUGCAAACAAGGAAACCCAUUAUGAUAGUUGCAUUACCCUAAAUGCUGUGAAAAUCAGUUAGUGGCCGAAGUAGGUCCAGGCUGUAAAAAGGCCCGAGGUGG